AUGAACGUCGGUAUCAUUGGGGCCGGAGUCAUCGGGCUCUCCGCCGCCGAAGCCCUAGUGGAGGCAGGAUACACCGUCACCAUCGUGGCGCGAGACUUACCCGGCGAUGAUACCUCAGUGCAGUGGUCUAGUCCAUGGGCGGGCGCCGCCGUCAUGCCACAUCCGGAUGCCCCGGGGCAGGACCUCCAGACCGAGACAUUCAAGUACUACUGGGCUCUGGCCCAUCGCGAUCCGACCAGUGGUGUCCAGGUGGUCGAUAUAACUGAGUACUAUGACGACCGCGACGGCGACUCGACCAUCUGGUACAAGCAGCUGGCUCCCAAGUACCGUCGCAUCCCCGCCGACCAGCUCCCGGCCGGGGCGACGCUCGGGUUCAAGUACCAGUCCAUGACGGCCAACCCCACGUACUACCUGCCGUGGCUGAAGAAGCGGCUGGAUGCACGAGGGGUGCGGUUCAUCCGCGCGGCGGUGUCCUCCAUCGCCGAGGCGCGGCAAGUCACCGGCGCGCUGGUGAUUGUGAAUGCGUCCGGACUGGGGGCGCUCGACCUGGCCGGGGAUGCGGAUGUGGUCCCGGUCCGGGGACAGACGAUGCUGGUGCAGAGUGACUCGCACGAGGUCACGAUGUUCCAGGGCUCGCAUUACUCGUAUGCGAUUCCGCGGAUGUACACGGGUGGGAUCAUCAUCGGCGGAGUGGCGCAGGAGGGACGCUCCGAUGAAGCCGUCGAUCCGGAGACCCGCCAGGACAUCCUGCGACGGGUCCGAUCUGUUGCGCCAGGGCGGUUUGACUCGACGGACUUGAACGUCGAUGUGAUGAAGGAUUGUGUGGCGUUUCGACCCGGUCGCAAGGGGGGAUAUCGCCUGGAGCGAGACGGGGAGGUGAUCCAUGCGUAUGGCUUCCGGGGACUGGGGUAUGUGUUUAACUAUGGGGUGGGCAUGCGGGUGCGAGAGAUGGUGGAGGAGAUCGAGGGCCAGGGGCCGCGCAGUCGGCUGUAG